UUGAUGAAUCGUAGUGUCGUUUUCGCGAUUUACCAAGUAACACUUAACAAAUUUCUUAGUUGAAUAAUACUUAUCAACAUGACGUACUCGAAUACGAGAAAGAGAGUUUCUAUCAUCUCCAUUUCGGAACGGAUGCAACUACCAACAGUGAAACCAAAAGCAAGUUUCGGAUGUAGGCACAUACAAGUGAUUUUGAUGGCUUUGGGCUUCAUGUGCUGCUAUGCAAUUAGGGUAACCACAUCAGUGACAUUGGAAGCAAUGACCAACGCUUCCACUGCAAAUCCUGACUUUGAAGAAUUUUCAUGGGAUAAUUCAAUUAAGAACACCAUUUUGAGUUCAUUUUUCUGGGGUUAUGUCUGUACCCAAGUAAUCGGUAGUAUAAUAGCUCAACGUUGGUCAGCUCAAAAGCUUUAUGCUAUAGCGCAAUUUGUUUGCGGUUUGGCGACACUUCUACUUCCCGUAAUAGCCCAUUAUUUUGAUUGGGAAGCUGUUUGUGCUUCAAGAGUAAUUGCUGGGUUAUGUCAAGGCACUGUGCUUCCAUGUCUUCAUACUUUACUUUCAAAAUGGGUACCACCAGACGAAAGAGGAAGAAUGUCGACCUUCGUUUAUGCCGGUGGUUGGAUCGGAAACGUGAUUUGUUUACUGAGUUCCGGCCUACUGUCGGCCUCCACAUUAGGAUGGCCUAGUUGCUUCUACAUUUGGGGAGCUCUAACUAUUAUUUCUAGUAUUCUUUUCUUCAUUAUUGCAAGAGAUUCGCCAACUGAACAUUCCAGUAUACCUCUGGACGAGAAGGAAUACAUUGAAACUAGCCUUGGAAUAGUAGAGACGGAUGAGAAACUAUCGAUACCAUGGAUUGCGAUGUUAACUAGUAUUCCAACAUGGGCACUACUAGCUGCCCAAUCUGCUCAAACCUGGGGUUUCUGGAUGCUUUUGACUAAAAUUCCGUCCUAUAUGACAUCUGUCUUACGAUUUGAUAUCACACAAAAUGGUAUUACGAGUUCACUGCCCUAUCUGACUGCAUGGAUUCUUAGUUUCCCCGUCAGUUAUGUUUCCGAUCUCCUUAUCAAGCGGAGUGUUUUGAACGUUGAGACGUCGAGGAAAAUUUGCAAUACCAUAGGUCAAUGGAUUCCGGCUGGUGCAUUAAUCGGUCUUGCAUACGUUGAUAAAAAACAACCAGAAAUAGCAGUUGCAGUUCUAGUAAUCGCUGUUGCCAGUAAUAUCGCUAUUUAUUGUGGCCAUAAUAUAAAUCAUAUGGAUCUUAGCCCGAAUUUUGCUGGUACUUUAAUGGGCAUCACAAACACUAUCGCUAAUUUCUGCAGUAUUCUGGCGCCAUUGGUUCAUAGCAUUAUAGUUACAGAUUCGACUGAUCUGUCGCAAUGGAAGAGUAUUUUUUUCUUAUCAGCUAUAAUAUACAUAGUCGGAAAUUUAUUAUUUAUCUUAUUUGGUACAAGUACAAUUCAACCAUGGAAUGAUCCCCAGAAUAAAAUAAAAAACUCAUCUUCGAAUACAGUAGAUACAUCAUCAAUGGAAAAUGAACAUGUAAGAGAAAAAGAAGAGACACGAAAAGAUAAUAAAAAUACAGACAUAGAAAGAGAUUCAUAGUACCAUGACAAUAAAAUAAGUAACAUUAUGAAAAUCAUUACAACUAUCAUAAGUACAGUAACAUUUCUACUGCCCAAAAUAAGGAAUUAUUGAUUAUGUAGUUGCUGUAAUAUGACUAAAAAGUAUACAGAUUUCCCUAUUUCUUAUUCAUUAAUAUGAAUAUUAUAUCUAUUC